AUGCCGACGGAGGCCAGCGCCCUGCUGCAGCGGAUCGGCGCAGGCGCCAGCCUGCAGCUCCUGCAAGGCGCCGUGCGAGCCCUUCGCUCCCUGUCCGGCCGCGAUGCCACGGUGCUGCUGCGAGGUUUGGGCGCGGCCUCUGCCUGGCAACUCUCCUUGGACUUCCUGCAGACCAUGCGGGCCCGAAGCUCCGCAAGCUCCGCAAGCUCCGCGUCGCUGGUCCACUGGAACUGCGGCCUCUCUGCGAUGGGCUGGUGCACGGCGAUCCAGCUACGCCAGCUGCAGCUGGAGCUUGACACCAUCAGCUUCAACACCAUCAUAGGCAACUGCGAGCAGGGCAAGAAGUGGACUUGUGCGCUGGAUGUGCUGGCGGAAAUGGACCACCGAGCCAUCGGAAAGGACACAGGCUCCCGCAACAUCAUCAUGAACGUCUUGGACAAGUGCGACAGGUGGCGCGAAGUCCUAGAGCUUCCGCGGGAGAGUGGCGACCUUGUGACCUACACCAUCCUUUUACGCGCCACUGGGAGAUUGGGCUGGCAGGAAGCACUGAGUCUAUUGGCAGAGGCACAAGCCUCGCAGCUGCGGCUGGACACUGGCCUGGGGAACUCCGCCCUCAGCAGCCAAAAGGACUCCUGGCGCGCGGCCCUGGCGACGGGCGACGCCUUCAGAGCCUUAGCAAAAGGUGGGCUUCCGGGCUUCCAAACUGAAGCGGCGGGCUUCCGCAAGACAUCAUCUCUUGCAAUGCGGCCAUCAGCGCGUGUGAGCAGGCUUUUCAUUGGCUGA